CUGGAUUGUCAGCAGAUUCAUAUUGGAAAACAGUCGCUUAAAUAAUGACACCUACACCUACGUUUGUUGAGUUUAGAAUCUGAAUCUACUGACAAAUUAAUUCAUCAAUCAGACUGUUCAAUCUAUCACUAAUUAUGGGAAUUUGUGAUCAUAUGACGUAACACUGUGUCAUUGGGGAUGGCGCUAUCUCAACAGCGCUGUUUUUUGGAAUUCAAAUGAACUAAAAUCACAAAAAUCGCCAACAAUGACGCUUGGUGAGCCGCCAUUUUGUCGUGCAUUACAGUCCAUUAGCCCAUGCCAUCGUAUUGAAUAGUACACAAAAUUUUUGUUAAUAAUUUAGAGUUUGUACCAAGUGAAUUAAAAACGAGUUGGAAGAUCAUUACGCAUUUAUAUAACGAACUGUUAACUUUUGUUGUUCAAAAGUCAGUCUUUAAGUUAGCUCAUAUUAACGGAUUGCCAAAUCGUUUCGGAUACGUCGUUGAUAGACACGUUUCGCUAUCUCUUCUUCCCUGUCGUACAAAGUAAGAGUGACAAAUAUCGAAUUAUUAAUGAUGGGGACACAAAAAGAAAAAGAUAAAGACAAGGACAAGGAAAAAGAAAAAGAAAAAGAAAAAGAAAAGGAAAAUUCUACGGUGACGGCUACGGGAAAACAAGCUACCCCCGCAAAUUUGAAAUCUUAUGGAAAAAUAGUGCUCACUCUUCAAAAUUGCCUUUUACCUGAAGAGAAACUUAACUCAACUCCAUCGAAUUCCGAUGGAUUGGAUACAGAAACAGAAAUCGAUCUACGUAUCCUGGGAUGUGAGCUGAUACAAACUGCUGGAAUUCUAUUAAAAUUGCCCCAGGUUGCAAUGGCCACGGGGCAAGUGAUAUUCCAGCGAUUCUAUUACAGUAAAUCUCUCGUGAGGCAUAACAUGGAAACAACGGCUAUGGGAUGUGUCUGUCUUGCCAGCAAAAUCGAAGAAGCUCCUAGGCGUAUUAGGGAUGUCAUUAAUGUUUUCAAUCACAUCAAACAGGUUUCUGGGCAAAAAACAAUUCAGCCUGUGAUACUCGACCAGAAUUAUGUGACAUUGAAGAACCAGGUGAUCAAGGCAGAAAGACGUGUGCUGAAGGAACUUGGAUUUUGUGUGCACGUCAAACACCCGCACAAGAUAAUUGUAAUGUAUCUUCAAGUGUUGGGUUACGAAAAAAAUCGAGCACUAAUGCAGCAGUGCUGGAAUUACAUGAAUGAUUCCUUACGCUCUGACGUUUUCUUGAGGCACCAACCAGAAACCGUGGCUUGCGCUUGCGUCUACCUCGGUGCUAGGCAGCUUCAAUUACCUCUGCCUUCGUCGCCUGCCUGGUUUCGAUUAUUCAAAGUUAGCGAAUCUUCGAUCAGGGACGUUUGCAGGAGAGUUUUACGCCUCUACGCUAGACCAAGUGUCAGCGCAGAGCAACUAGAGAAACGAGUCGAUGAGCUUAGAAGACGAUACGAAGAAGCGAGGGUCAAAGCCAGAGGUGGAGAAGCUGACGGUCACACUCCCAGCCCACCCCUACCAAAGCACCACAACGCUUGGGGUGGAUUCAUUAGUCGCAGUGGGACACAUGCCCCACCAGAAAGAGCAAAAUCGCCUAGACGGUCUAGAUCAACCAGCCUCUCGCCAUCCAGGACUGACGGUGCGAAACAUGUGAAACGAAAGAAGCAUUCUAGCAGAAGUAGAUCGCGGAGUCCCAGCCGCAGCAGAUCGCGUAAGCCGAAAAAGACCCAGCGUCGACGAUCUGGAAGUCACAAAUCGUCGAGGAGCUAUUACAGGUCACGAAGUCGAUCGAGGGAUAGAGAUCCAGAUAAAACUGGAAAACACCGUAACAAGCACAGACGCCACUGAUCUGGGAAUUAAUUAUCAUUAUUAUUUUCUUCAUUUUGUUAUUUGAAAUCGAAGGGUUCGUCCCGCCUCCGAUACUCAACGAUAACGAUGGAUUGUUUACCCAGGCAAUCGGUCAUAUUACGUAAUCGUCAAACGCAGUUCAUUGACAAAUAAUAAAUGUAUUUUAUUAAACAACCAUAAAAUAAAAGUUAUAUUUCAAACGAA